AGAAAGAAUAUAUAAUAUAAGAUUGAUUGAUCAAUGGAGAAAAAGGUUUCGUACGUUUUGGGAGUAAUGCUAAUGUUCUUGGUGGGUAGUGGCUUUAGUCAAGGAGAUCAAGUAGAAUGGUUGAGUAACGAAGUUGAAUGGCAACAAAUUCUGACAACAACUCAGCUUCCCAUUGUGGUUGCGGUAACGUCCUCGUUGUGCGGUAGCCGAUGCUCUAUAUUGGAUGACCAACUAGUUCGAUUGUCUGAAACCUAUGGUAACCUAGUUAUAUUACUUAAAGUCGAUAUUUUAAAGCAUCCCUUCUUUGCAACACUUUACAGUUUAGCCACUGUCCCGAUCAUCAUAGUCUUCGAAACUAGAAAAGAAAUCGGUCGUUUGGGAAAUGAUAUAUCAUGGGAUGCAAUCACUGACAUAAUGGACACAGUUUCAAUCUUCCCCUCGCCCCCCUCCGAUUUUGCACCAACCCCAGCCCCUUCUUCGGGUUCUGCUUCAGCCACUUUUCUUUCAUUUGGAGGAUAAAUGAUAGUCUCAUAUGAAUCAGUAUAAGGUCUCCUUAUAUAUAUGUCUAUGUUGUUGUAUUAAGUAUGAUCAUGUUAUGUUUUAUGAGUUAAUACAAUAAGUCAAGAGUUAAGUCUAUGUUUUAUGAGUUAAUACAA